AUGCUGUGGAUAGAUUCUGUUGCUCAGAUGCCCCAACUGAGCAACAAUCAUAAACUGUGUGUUAAACAGUAUGUUUUUCUGCUCUUUCCGGUCUUGUUCCGGUCCCUUCUUAUAACGUACAUUACACAUUGGGGGGUAAAUGGUGUAGGAAAAUAAGAGAUUGAAACAUGAUAGAAUAGAAAUAGGAUGCAUAUUAGGAAAUGCUUGAUAUCUGUGUAUAAACAACUUGGCAUGGUGGGUCAUAAUUGAACUUUAUUUUAUUUGGAAGUUAAAUAUAAAGUUUUUGUAAAGUCAUCGACUGGUUGUCUAUGCACCUAAUUUCCUACCACAUGUGUGUUUAUGGAUACAAGAUGUGCAUUUGACAAAAAAAAGAAUCUUGGUGCUUACUGAUCUUCAAAUGAGGAAAUUUCUUGGGGUGUUUGGAAAUGUGCCCCCUACCCAAAAUAAAUUGGUCAAGUCUAUAGAAAGAUCUGUUUAUGUAAUUGGUAACCCAAAUUGCCCCUACCCUCCUCCAUACCAGAAAAUAAUAAUAAUAGUAGCAAAACAUAAACCUACCACACUGCAUUUUGUGCAUAUUUAGACAUGUGGGGUUGAACCUCAUUUAUUACAUUUAUUUCAUCCUGCAAGAGGUAGUUCAUUGCCUCCAAGAAAUCCUAGCAUUAUUGGUCAAAUUUACAUGAUAAAAUACUACUUAUAUAUUAACUGCAUUUCUUUCUUUCUUUCUUUCAUUUUUUUAAGGGGGCCCUUUUUUCUUUGACUUGCCUAGUCAAUUUUUUAUAUGGCCCCAAGAUUUCAAAUUUAUCUCUUUUUGGUGUUUGAAAGUAGUUGGAGAGAGUGAAGAAAGUUUUAUGUUCUCAUUUUUGUGGUGGGAUAGAGAUUUCUCAGUAGCACUUAGUGAUGGAGGCACCAUUGAGUUUGUAUGGACCCUAUUUUUUUAUCAUCAGAAAUCAUGAAUUUGCAUUUGAUGGGACAAAAAAGUCAUUGUCUUCUGACAUUUCCCUUUUUAAUUUAAAUGGUUUCUAUUUGGAUCUAUAUCUCCUGUAGAAUUAUACCUCCAUGAUCAGUCCAUCUCAGCUCAUCUUGCUUUUAUUCUCUUUUAGACCUAGACUUUUAUGCUUGUUGCCAAUAAAAAUAUUAUCUCUACUCAGAUCCUUUCAAUAUGUUCUACUUCUGAUUGAUAAUUCUAACUAUAAGACAAAAACAUGAAAAAAAAACAUCCGCAAUUAUCGUUACCAACUAGCUUGAUUUACUCCAGUUAUUUCUGAUGCAUUUCAGAUGUGUCUUAUAUAUCAAACUGUUAUCCUUUGUCAGUUUAGAGAUAAUGACGUACAAUGGUCUCGAGAGCUGCAUUCAGUCUUUUGAUAAUGAUAGUGGCACUAGCAGAGGGGAUGGCUGUGUCACUGACUCCCAUGAUGAGGAUGACUCGAGCUGCUCGUCCAGCAAUAAUGCUUCUGGAUCGUUCUCCUCUAUCUGGACGAUAUUGAAGAAAGACGAUCAGUGUCAAGAUGAGUGGAAUUUCACAGCAACCCCUAGACAUAUCCUUGCAAAAGAAAAGCCACAGUAUACCAGCCAAUGCUCAGAUAUUGAAACAAUUAAGGAAAAGUUUGCUAAGCUGUUGCUCGGGGAGGAUAUUACCGGUGGGGCAAAGGGCAUCUCCACAGCAUUAGCGCUGUCAAAUGCUAUCAAUAAUCUAGCAGCUUCCGUCUUUGGUGAGCUUUGGAAAUUAGAGCCGUUGACGGAUGAGAGUAAGACCAAAUGGCAAAGGGAAAUGGAUUGGCUACUUGCCCCAACGAACUAUAUGGUCGAGUUGGUUCCUGCAAAGCACAACGAUGCUAAUGGCCGGACAAUAGAGAUCAUGACUCCAAAAGCUCGAGCAGACAUCAACAUGAAUCUUCCAGCUCUGCGGAAAUUGGAUUCCAUGCUCAUUGAAACCCUCGACUCGAUGGUGAAUACAGAAUUCUGGUAUGCUGAAGUGGGCAGCCGAGCUGAAGGAAGGAGCCGAAGCUCUGGACAGAGCAAGCGGUGGUGGCUUCCUUCCCCGCAAGUGCCCACAGUCGGCCUCUCAGAGAUAGAAAGAAAGAGAUUGCUGCAUCAGGGAAAAUUGAUCUUUCAAGUCUUCAAAGCUGCCAAAGCCAUCAACGGGAACAUCUUGGCUGAUAUGCCGAUCCCUGCCAACAUCAGAGAUGCGCUCCCAAAGUCCCCGAAGACUUGCCUUGGAGAGGAACUGUACAAAAUAUUGUCUGCAGAGUGUCUGCCUACUGAGGAUAUGAUCAGUUGCCUGAAUCUGAAAUCCGAUGUGGGUGCUCUCGAUGCCAUCAACCGGUUGGAAGGUGCUAUAUUCGCAUGGAAAGAGAGAGAAAUGGAGCAAGACAAUGUCAAGUCCCCCAUGCGAAGGUCGUGGUCUUUCGUUUUAGAUCCAUUGUCCGAACUUGAUAAGGCGGAAGCGUUGAUGAACCGAGCCGAACUACUAUUGCUGCAGCUCAAGAGCAAGUAUCCAAAUCUUCCUCAGACAUUCUUAGAUGUCACAAAAAUCAAAUAUGGAAUGGAUGUUGGACACUCGAUUCUUGAAGCCUACUCCCGAGUUUUAUCCAACACAGCAUUCAGCAUUCUGUCACGGCUAGGAGACAUUCUUCAAGAAGACAUUGUGAGCAACCCCAACUCUCCGAUUGCGAUGUCGCAGCUCGUUGGAGCUAGGAUCCCGGGGAUCUCGGACAGCCCGAUGCUUGACCGUGUCCGGCACUCCCUCAUCAAUCAGCUGAACUCCACAGAUGCGAAAUCUUGCAACUCAAGUGUUGUCUCUGACGACGCUUCCGACGUGGACGCUUGCCAUGAUGGAGCUAAGAUUACCUCGGUGAGCGCGACGCCGAGCCGGAACCGGGCUUGGUGCGUCGGCAGAAAUGCUUGCCAAUUUAUGUCUGGUAGAUAUGACUGAUAAGAACUUACAUUCUGUCUAUGUAAAUAACACCCAUGUUUGUGUCGUGCAGCAGCUUAUUAUUAUGUUUUGGUCACGAGCUUUGUACUGAGUUACAUUUGAAACUCAUAGAAUAUAUUCAUAUAUGUCUCACAGUCAAGUUUCUUAUUAGUAAAUUCAAAAUUUAUGUUAUUGAAAUAA